GACAGACAUAGAAGAUGCGCUGCCGAAUUGUUCUCGCCUUUGGUCUAGUGGCUCUCGUUGCUACUGCCUACGCCGCAGGUUCGUCUCCAACGACGCCAACUUCGCCCUCUCCAACAUCUCCGACGACGCCGACCUCGCCCUCUCCAACAUCUCCAACGUCACCUACGACUCCAACAUCGCCGACCUCGCCAACCACACCCACUUCUCCGACUUCGCCCACCACUCCCACUAGUCCUACCCCGGCUUCACCAACCACUCCAACUUCGCCCAGUGUUUCUCCGUCUUCCACUGACACCGACUCGUCGCCCUCGAAUUCCAGCACCGACGAGGAGCUCACCAGGCUGCGCCGCAAGCUUCACAGAUUAAGGCGCGAGGUUCGCCGGGAAAGGCGUCGUCUGAAUCGCCAAGGACGCCGUGGCAGGCGACAAGGCCAACGCAGGACCCGUCAACGCCUAGGAAGAUUCUAAGCAAGACGAUAACUUCACCUUUUAAUUAAAGAAAUUGUAUGUCUAUUUAAAAUAUCUUUAUUGUUUAUUCAUUUUAUAUUGGCCAUUUAAUUCUGAGACUUGACAUCCACUUUUUUUAAAAAUGUACUUUGUUAGUUAAGCUUUUUCUUAAAAACUCAAUUAGUUGUGUACAGUUAGAAACGGCAAUUAAGAUGCAAGAAGUGUGUGGGAUACCCCACAUUAAAAUGAGUAACAAAUUUAGCUUAUAACCAUUUUAUUUCUUUGCACAAUAAACUUUUAUCAGGAAUCCAUUUUCGGAAACUUAA